AUGCAGCCUUCACCUCUUGCCAACCCAUUAGCUACCGUGUCCCAGCUCGAGACCUCGGGUUCGCUGCUUGACGGCAUACCAGCCGAUCUCGAGGACUCCGUUCGCUUUGCUGGCGCGAGACUUACACAAGCUGCUGGCAUACUUCUUCGGCUACCACAGGAAGUUAUCGCACAGGCGAUUGUAGUGUUCAUGAGGUUUUGGCUUGGCCCGGACGGUGGAAGUCUCGUCGAGUCUGGCGCAGAACAAGUCUCGGCAUCCUCGCUCUACCUCACGACCAAACUCUCCGCAUACCCAAAAUCCCCUCGAAGCAUCAUCAAUGUCUACGCCUACCUUGCGUCUUUCCCAUCGACCUUCCUCGAGCCGAGCGAGUUGCAGGAACAGAAAGCAGAAGCAUACUACGUCUCCGAAAGAGUCCUGCGCACGCUCGGCUUCAACGUCCACGUCAAUCUUCCAUACACACUAUGCAUAACCUACCUCCAAGCUCUCGACGUCUUCACGCACCCACGGGCUCCAGAGCUCGCCAAACGCGCAAACGCAUACCUCAACACCGCGCUGCUGAGUCCACAACUCUUGUUUCUGACUCAUCAGCCGCCACAGCUGGCGACAGCGGCGAUCUACCUCGCCGCGAGGGAAGUCGGCAUCAAGUUGCCGGAAGUCGAGUGGUGGGAGGUGUUCGAUACGGACAGAGAGGAGCUCGGAUUCCUGUGUGUGGGCAUGUUGAGUGUAGAUGGAUUCGCGAGACAAGAGAAGGAGAAGUGGGAGGGGAAGAGGGUGCCAUUGAAGGUGGAGGAUGUGCAGCAGGAGAUGAAGAGGAGGGAUGCUGAGGAAUAG